AUGUCAGACCAAAUACCUUUCCAUAUACAAGAGGACAUCAUAAAAAGACUUCCUGUCAAAUUAUUGAUUCAGUUCAGAUCUGUCUCAAAAGCAUGGAAAUCUUUGAUUGACAGCUCUGAGUUUAUUGCAGCUCACAGUGCCCUCCACACUCAUCCACAACAUCUGCUUGUAAAAUACGAAGAUUUGGUAGAAACUGAAGAUAAAUAUGUUGCUUUUAUAGACGACGAGUGUUAUCUUCAACAGAGGUUUGUUCCCACUGUUCCAUUGUCGGUUAAGUCACUUAGACAUUCAUAA